AUGGCCGAUGAAUUGCCUUACAAAGCAGAAUAUGCUAAAAGCGGUAGGGCUGCUUGUAAAGGAUGCAAAACUCCCAUAUCGAAGGAUACUUUAAGGCUUGCCGUGAUGGUCCAGUCUGCAUUCCACGAUGGAAAACAACCAAAUUGGUUUCACAUGAAAUGUUUUUUUAUGAAACAAAAACCAAAAACUGUUGGUGAUAUUAAAGAUUUUGCAUCACUUCGAUAUGAAGAUCAACAAAAGGUGCAAGAGAAAGUUGAUGCUUGUGGUUCAGGGGCUAUCGUUCCUGAUGAGAAAGGUAAAGGAAAGAAAAGAGCCAAAAAUAUACCAGGCUUAAGUGACUUUGGUAUUGAAUAUGCUGCAUCAAGCAGAGCUGCAUGCAGAGGCUGUGAACAGAAAAUUGCCAAGGAUGAAAUAAGAAUAAAAAAGACUGUAUAUGAUACUGAAAUCGGCAUGAAAUAUGGGGGACAAGCUUUGUGGCACCAUCUUGAGUGCUUUGCUAAGAUGAGAACUGAGUUAGAAUAUUUUGAAAGUGGUGAUAUAUUACCUGGUUUCAAAUCAUUAUCUAAAAAUGAUAAAAGUGAAGUUUUAAAACAACUGCCUAAAAUUAAAAGUGAAGAUUUACCAGAAGUGAAGAAAAUUAAAAAAGAGCCCAAAGACGAAGUAGAUACUGCACAUGACGAUCAAAAAGAGAAAGAUUUACAAGAACAAAGUAAAAUAAUGUUUAAGUACAGAGAUUCUUUGAAACAACACUUGAAGAAAAAUGAUAUGAUAUUGUUAUUGGAACACAAUAAACAAGAAGUGCCACCUGGAGAAGAUAGAAUUUUGGACCGAUUAAGUGAUAUAAUGACUUUUGGAGCUCUAGCACCUUGUAAGGAAUGCAAUGGAGACCAUAUGUAUUUGAGAACAAUGGAUAUAUAUACUCGUAUGAGAUUAGAACGGGAUUCAAUGAUAUUCAACAUAGAUAAACAAAUAUAA